AUGGCUUCGCAUUUUCAAAUUCAGAAGCCUUACGUGCUGACUCCCCUCCCCCGACCUCUUGACCCAAGUACUGGCCGCUAUGUUGUCGGUAAUGUCUACGGCUCCACGCCCGGGUCGAGGAAGCGGAAGAGAAGGCAUGAGCUCACCUUGGGCAUUGACGGGGAGGCAGUCAAUAUCUAUGAUGUUUCUUCCGCCAGGCUCGUGACAUCUUACCCAAUACCUCCCCAAUGUCGCAUCUCCUGUCCUAUACACUCGAUUCGACAAAAACUGCCAGGGACGAAAGCUAUUGCGAGGUACACAUACGCCGCGAUAGACGAAUCUCCCGUCCAAAAGAUCACCCUGUUCAAGGAUCAUGUGGAUGCUUCAGGAAAGCCAACCUCGAUUACCCAGUCGACAUCGCUCGGCUCAGGUCUACCAAUUGUGUCGCUCACGACUGUAGUAUCGCCCAACACACAGCUCGGACCUGGCGAUUCCAUGCCACACGAAGAUCUUAUGGCUGUGAGAGAAGAUGGAGAGAUCAUAUGCUUCGAUUCAGAGAACUUGCAGAAGAAGUGGAGCGCCAACUCUACAGCAAUGCAGCAAGAUCUCGCCGAGGGAGCUCGAACAAACUUUAAGGUGCAAUUCUGCCGCGCCGUAUCGACCGCAGAUGUGAUCAAGGGCAUUCUUAGAGGAAACAGCGAGGCCUUUGGUCUUCUUUCUGGCUCGGAGCAUGGUCAGACUGAGGAUGCCGAAGUCUUGGUCAUCGUCUCGAGUUCCGGUCCCGCCAGCCACCCAUGUCGACACCUACAUAUUGUCGGCCUUCACGAGCCGCAUCACGGCUCUCUCCAGACACAGCAAGGCAUCUUCCAACUACAUGUAGUGCCUAUCGUACCUCCAACAGAACGAUCAAACAAGCCGUGUUUAUAUCACCUUGAUGCGCGAACCGGGACUCUACUCGAAUUGCAAAACCAGACCCUCACCAUUCACGACAUGGCUGAGAGCAUCCCCAAAAUAACCGCGACUAUGAGUCUCGAAGGUGCAACAUCAUUCUUGCACCUCAGCAAAACUUCUCUCCUUUGCUCGACCAAUACUCAACUCAACGUCUAUAACCCAGUAUUCAAGUCACUUCAGGAGACUGUGGACGUUGACCUCGAAAAUCAGGCACAACCUGCGACGGAGCCCAACAAAGCCGCUACUGCUUGCCAACUGGUUGCCUUCUUCUCCAGACUGGAGCUUGCCAUCGCAAUCGUCGACUCUAACUUAGUGGCCAUUCAGCUGGAAGCCCCAGCGCAGCGGAAGACCAAGCGGCGGGCUGAGGGUCUCCUCAUUGACUCCAUCGGGCGUGGACUGAAGACAUCGAAGAGGAUCUCGACCCAAGAAUCCCGAAAACCUCCCAAGGACUCAGUCUUCUCCAACUUGCUACCAGGCUCAAUUCGCGGAGACUACUGGCAGCAAUGGACCGCGGAUGAAACAAAGGCUGAUGCUCUCCUGAACGCCAAUAAAAUACACGAUCUUGAGGUCUUCCUGGCUGAGAAGUUUGGUAUACAGACCAAAGAGGACCAGCGUCCGGAUGGUACGAGCCACGAUGGUGCACCUCUAGAGUAUCCCACAUGGCUAUGGCCCAAAGCUCGCACAGGAUACCCCCCAUGUGAUCGGCGGUGGAUCCUAUAUGCGAUCAGUCGAGCUUUCAGUUGGAUCGAUGCCCUCCCUGGCGUUGCAAGUGUCCCGCGACUACUUUGUCAAUUGCCACAAAGUAACAUCGUGAACUAUCUUUUGGACGCUGGGCACAUGACACUGUCCAACGUGAAGGCAGCCUUCAGGGGCAAACUGAGUGGUCCAGAACAAGCCGACUCUUUCCUGGCCGAACAACUUAUCACACGCAUUGCCGGUCUCGACCCAACCUUGGAGCUUACGGUUACAUAUCUCUCGGCGACAAACUUAGGGGCGGUUGAACUGCUGAUUGUUGUUCGGACAAUCAUGAGAAGUCUCGAACUAAUGCAGAAUCCCAAAGAACCUCCGCCGAAGCUUCUCACCAACGGCUCUGUAGAGGAGCCACUGAACGAAGAUGAGGCAGUCGAUCCGGAGAACAUUGGAAUGGAACUAGACGACCUCGAAGACGAGAUUCAGAAGACUGUGUCGUAUCUCAACGAAGAUGCCGGUAUCCGCGGUACUGGACUCAGCGUGGCUUUUGCCAAGCUUGGUAGCUGUCCCGGCAUCUCUAUGAUCAAGGCACUGCGCACAAUAUUCAAGCCCGAGGAGAUCCUAUCACUUGUGUACAUACUUCGUGUCGAGCUCGUCAAGGGCGCAUGGACGUCGCGCUACCUCGACGACACCGAGUUUGAGAAAGACCCGGCUCUUGACGCUCCACCUGACGGGUCUAUCAAGCUCAUAGCCGAUCUUCUUGGGCGCUGUGUGGACUCGAUCGGGCCCGGCGGGUGGUUGCUUAACGAUGCGAUACUUGCAGGUGACGAUGCGGGAGAUUUUGUUGCCUCGCUGAAGCUCGAAGUCAGUGCCGCCCUGGAAGGUGUGCUGGAGGCGGUCGGUCUACGAGGCAGUGUUGGCGAAGCGGUGAAGUUCUGCGAGUUAUCUCAGAAGGCUGUGACGGAUGACUUGAAACUGAUGAAGCCAAUCCCUCUUCACGUAAGAGAGUUGGGUGCGGAAGCAUUGCCACUAGGGCUCAGAUCAUCGAAGGUCUCAUCUCUCAAGGUUGUCUCGGGUGGUGAGAUCGUAGAGAGAUCUCAAAGGGAGACGGGCCAUCUGGUUAGUCAACAGGUAGGCUCCUACUCUCUGGAGAGGAUCGCCAUAUGA